UCUCCUUUGAGUUCUUUGAAAGCUUGAAUAGAGCUAAAAUGGGCCAUCUGGUAUCAAGAUGUUGUUUGGUGUGGCCUUUGAUCAUGGGCGUAUUGAGUUUUAUUGUGAUCCGUGCUUAUGGAGAGGAUUGGCGAGAAGACCGCAACAUUGGCGACAGUAACCUUGAUGGAACGUUUCGGAUGGAGCAGAUCAAGGCUAGGAUCCUUCUUCGUAGCAGAAUUUCUCCUUCUCCGGCACCGAGUUUCACACCAACGAUACUCCCAAGAUCACGUGUAUAUCAUGUGACCGUCUAUGGCGCGGACCCCACCGGCAAGAUCGAUAGCACGGAUGCGAUCAUGAGGGCAAUUUCAGAUGCAUUUCAGGCACCUGAUGAAGAUAGAGUGUUGAUGGCGGGAAUUACUGAUCUUGGUGGUGCACAGGUCCACCUUGAUGGAGGGAUAUACAAGAUAAGCCGUCCAUUGAGGAUGCCUGCUUCUGGUGGGGGAAACCUAAUGAUACACGGCGGAUCUUUGCGAGCAUCUGAUGAUUUUCCAAAAGAUCGGCACUUGAUAGAACUAUGGCCAUUUUCAUCUACAAAGAUGGACACUGCCAACUACAUUCCCAUGCAAGAAGCCGUUAGUGCAUUCUCCUCAUCCUAUGAAGAUAUUAAACUCAAAGACCUCAUGUUAGAUUGCAGUCUUAGAGGUGGGGGUAUUUUAGUCAUUAACUCACUUAGAACUACCAUAGACAACUGCUACAUUACACGCUUCACAUCUGAUGGUAUCCGAGUCCAAGGUGGCCAUGAAACCUACAUCAGAAACUCCUUCCUCGGCCAAUACAUCACAUCCGGUCGUCACCCCAAUGAGAAGAACUUCAAAGGUGUAGCCAUCAAUCUCAUGGGCAACGACAAUGCCGUCACCGACGUCGUCAUCUUUUCUGCUGAGGUAGGUGUCCUAGUUUCCGGCCAGGCUAACGUGCUCACUGGAGUUCAUUGCUACAACAAAGCAACAGGUUGGGGUGGGACUGGGAUUUAUCUACGGCUACCCGGACUGACCCAGACCCGGAUUGUGAAUUGCUACAUGGAUUACACUGGCAUCGUUGCAGAAGAUCCAGUGCAACUUCACAUAUCUGGCACGUUCUUUCUUGGAGAUGCUUUUGUGACACUUAAGUCCGUGAAUGGUAUCGCUCGUGGUGUCAGCAUCGUCGAUAACAUGUUUGCUGGAGGUGAUAAGGGGACUCCGAUUGUGAAAUUGGAUGGGUCCUUCACAGACAUCGAUCAAGUGGAGGUUGAUCGGAACGAUGUGAAAGGGAUGGUACUUAAAUCAACGGUCGCUAGGGGAUCGAUAGAAGGGAACAAAACGAUGUGGGCUAUUGAUUUUUCGCGGGUUCUCUUGUUUCCUAACCUCAUCAAAUAUGUGCAAUACACAUUGCAAGCGACCGCUUCGUUCCCUAAUCACGCAUUGCGGAACUCAUCGAUGAACCGUGUCGUCAUUGAGUCGGAUGUGCCGGUGACUGCUACUGUGCAUGUGUAUGUGCAACAAACAAUGGGGAGUAUUGGAUGAUAAUAUGAGACUAUCUCAACACUCUUGAAUGAAGAGGAAGAAGUCUCGUUCUUUUGUUAUUUUAUCAUAUAUCAAUUCGUUAUUUUAAUGUAACCAAUGUAAUCAGAAUCAUUGUUAAAAGACUCGGCAACUCGGGUUUUGAGUACGAGUUGACUCAGUCGCUUUGGGUCAGGCUCAUCUGAGUCUUAAGACCGCCUGUCCAGAAUUCUUCAAACAAGAAAUGAUUUUAUACAAUGAAAUUGUUUAA